AUGGGGUUUGCUACACUUGGAUUAUCAAUUGCGCUUGGGUUGUUUAUUGCUGGUGACGAAUUGAAAGUUUGGUGUUGCUACUCUAAACUUGAACGUUCUAAAUCGUCACAACUGCCCCCCGAUAAGACGGAGGGUGUAUCGAUAAUACGGCCAUUGAAAGGAUUGGAUUGUAAUUUGUACGAGAACCUUGCAUCUUCAUUCCGUCAGGACUACCCAAAAUUUGAGAUAAUAUUCUCGGUUGCGGAUGAAAACGAUCCUGCAAUCAAAAUAGUAAAAGACUUAAUAAAGAAAUAUCCGAAAGUGGAUGCUAGACUGACAAUAGGCGAACGGAGAGUUGGUGUGAAUCCAAAGAUAAAUAACAUAAUACGUAGUUAUGAAUCAGCUAAAUAUGACAUUCUCUGGGUAAAAGACUCUAACGUCUAUGUUGAUCCGGGAUGCUUAAGCCGUUCAAUUGAUAAACUCAAUCAGCCUAAUGUUGGUCUAGUGCAUCAUCUGCCAUUUGCUGUUCGCCCGGAUACAUUUGGGUCUGAAUUAGAGAUGAUAUUUCUCAACACUAUGCAUGCGAAGAUGUACCUAUCAAUCAACUUCAUAGGUCCAGAUAGUUGUGUAGUUGGGAAGUCAUGUGUAUACCGAAAGAGUGAUUUAGAGAAAGUAGGCGGACUAAAAUAUUUUGGGAAAUAUAUGGCCGAAGAUAAUUUGUUGGCAAGAGAAUUGUGGAGAAUGGGAUAUAAACAUGCAAUGACAGGUGACCUAGCAUAUCAACCGCUCGGGUCAACAUCAUCCAUAGAUUAUUUCAUGAGAAGGUCACGAUGGACGAGAAUACGUAAAUACACUGUCACCGCUGCUACUGUCGUCGAACCAUUCACAGAGUCGAUCGUGUGUGGACUAUGCUCAGCUUACGGAUUCAAUUUACUCUGGAACAUCCACCCGCUCAACUUCUUUGCAUUUCACCUUAUUACUUGGUUCAUGUUCGAUCUGGCACUAUUUCAAGCAUUGAGCAAGAGAAUAGUUGAAGUGGAGGAUAUACGCGGAUUCAUCAUGGCGUGGGCUAUAAGGGAGAUUACCGCAUUACCAUUAUAUCUAUAUUCAAUUGCAGGAUCCACCGUCGACUGGAGAGAUACUACUUACUUAUUAAACAGUGAUGCGACGGUGGCCAUCGUGUCCCCAUCUAAGCGGAAGCAACAUUCUUUAUCUGCUAUUACACCUCCCAACACUCAGACACGAAGAAUGUCCUCCUCAAACGUACACCCAUGGUUAGUCUCUAUUCUUUCUUCGAUUAUACUGGCAAUUGAUAUUGUAUUGGACAUUCUGCUUAAAAGUCAAAGGAAUGGUAAACCAUCGGAGAGCAAGACCGAAAAAAAAGAGGAGAAGCACCGGAACAUCAGGAAACGACGUCGAAAGAAUGAUGCCGAUGAAACAAAUGGGAAUAGUUCGGAUGAAAGAGAAAUGGCCAACCAGGAUGAUCCAAUCCUUUCUGCAGCUGGGAGAUAUUUACGUAGUUCACUCGGCAGAACCAGUUCGUACCUUGGAGUACCAUACAAUGAAGAUGAAACGGAUUCCUCACCAGACGAGUCGAAUUUUUUGUCCAAUCAAUGUCUCUCUGACGACGAACAAUCAACCUCUUCCUAUCCUCCGUCAUCUUCGUCGCCCCCUCAUUCAAGUCCAAUUAAUGAUGCAUCACAUAAGCGAUCGUUAUUGAACGAAAUUUUGAGAAGUGUGUCUAUUGGAUUAUCGAUGCACUUGCAAAAUGAGAAGAAUGUAAUCGAAGGACAUCGUAGAGAAAGACGUUCAUCUAUUAGUGUUGCGCGAGAGAGUUUAGAGAAUAGUGGCGGUGAGAGGGUUAGAGGAAGAAGUAUGUCUAUAAAUGUGUUGACUAGCCAAGAAAGUUAUUGA